CAACACAUCGGCACUGCACCUGCAAAUCUACCCCCACAGAAACAAUCACACCCACCAUUCUUCUUCCUUCGUCCUGCCACUGAUUACGCUUGUUGCCUUCUGGUUAUGAUAGCUUCCGGUCGCCGUCAUAUUCAGAGCCGAAGCUCUUCUUCACAAGUCGGCUUCCCGCGGCUUCGAUUUGUUCGUUACCGCCGAUUGAGGUGACCCAAUCACACCUCGCAGUUUCUCUCUCUACUCUCAUCAACCUAGCCUCUUUUUCUUGGUCACCGUUUAAUUACUUCCAAUGCCUACCUCCAAAAACAACCGCACCGGCCAGAUUGAGAGUCACCGGAGAGGAACGUUAGGUGACAAAUCGUCUUCGUUUCACGGCCACAGCGAGGCGACCGCGGCGAUGUCCUCUCAACUUCGCCGACCAAAGACUGUACCGGACCUCAUCUCACAUAGAAGGCUCCCCGGAUCGCCCCCGGAUGCAGGACUGCCCCGGCAACCGCCGAAGCUGCUGCUUCACGUGACUUUUCUAGGCAGCCUGGGACCGGUUAAGGUCGUGAUGACGCCAGAUUCUAAAGUGGGUGAUUUGGUGGCGGCGUCGGUCCGACAGUACCUGAAAGAAGGUCGCCGGCCGAUCUUGCCCUCCACCGACCCCUCCGCCUUUGACCUCCAUUAUUCGCAGUUCAGCUUAGAAAGCGUGGACAGAGAGGAGAAGGUGAUGGAGCUCGGGUCAAGGAAUUUUUUGCUGUGCCCGAGAAAGCAGAAGUCGGAGACGGCGGAGGGAGGCGCCGGGGAAGGCGGAAGCAUGACGACGGCGGUAGGACGGUGUUCGAAGCAGGCGGAGAAAGUAGGCAAGAGUGGGUUCGCCUGGCUCAAGUUCUUGGAUUUCAUGCUGUGAGAUGAAUUGGGUUCGUUUCAACUGGCCAGCAACCUCUGUUCUGGUCAGCGACAAUUGUUCUGUACAUAUAGGUCCCAUAUGAAGCUGUUGGGAAAAUGCAGGGAGCAAUUACCCUGCACGUGAUUUAAUAUUUGUUCGUCCCUCUGUUUCUAAUAUGUCCAUUCGUCCUUGUCAAGAAAUUUGAUUACAGUUCAUGCAACUUGAUGAGUCUUUGCCUUCCCUUUUA